AGGGCAGCCUGGGUGCUGCGGGGAGUGUAGUCGGCCCGUAGCUGGACGCGAGGGACCCGCGGGACCCUCUGGACUGCGCAGGACAUCGCAGGACCCGGAACCUUCCGACACGGCUAUGGCGGCCGCUCCGGGCGCCGGACUCCUGCGCGCCGCCUGCUCCUCCGUCGCUUUCCGUGGCUUGGACCGCCGCUGGCUGCUGGCCUGUGGGGUCCGCGCGGGAACUGCCGUCCCUCAGUGGACCCCGAGCCCCGGCGUACCCGCAGAGGCCGGGCGGGGGCGGCCGCUGAGCGUGUCUGCGCGCGCGUGGAGCAGCUCAGAAGAUAAGAUAACAGUCUACUUUAAGAACCGUGAUGGUGAAACUCUAAAGACCACAGGCAAAGUCGGUGACUCUCUGCUAGACGUUGUGAUUGAAAAUAACCUGGAUAUUGAUGGUUUUGGUGCUUGCGAGGGAACCUUGGCCUGCUCUACCUGUCACCUUGUCUUUGAGGAUCAUAUCUAUGAGAAGUUAGAUGCCAUCACCGAUGAGGAGAAUGACAUGCUUGACCUGGCCUAUGGACUCACAGCCAGGUCACGGUUGGGCUGCCAAGUCUGUCUGACCAAGGCUAUGGACAAUAUGACUGUUUGUGUGCCCGAGGCAGUGGCGGAUGUCAGACAGUCUGUGGACGUGAGCAAGAAUUCCUAAGAUACAAUAAAAAGAAAUAUUUUCAUGAAAAUUUCCCUAUUUUUAUAAUUAUUUCUCAGUAUAAUUAAGUGAUUACACAACAGAAUGUAUUUCUCCGUGUGAGUAGCUCUGCUGACUUAAUUCAGUUUGUAGUCCUGAAAGUCAGCAGUUUUUGUUUUGAUUAAAUUAUUAAAAUGUCAGUUUAAUUUUAGAAGAGAGCUGAUAUAAUAAACUCCUUACACAUUUUA